UUACGGAGUUAGUUUUAAUCGCGAAAUGCAUUGCUUACGUACAAUCACAUUGUCGCGAAAGGGCGACACAACCCCCCCCUUUGCCUAGCCCGCUAAGCUGAAAAUGGGCUGACUAAUUGGUCACAUCUCGUAUACGACGAUGAAUACUCCUCUUUAUAGCUUUAUUAACCCUAGGAAUGUACUCAAGCUGGAAGUCUGACCACGAAACAAUUGUCUACUAGCUAAACCAUCUUCCCUAAAUCGCUUUUAGAAAUCAACAAUAUGUCUACGGCUACUUCAAGCUCCAUUCUUCUUUCCGGAGGAACUAUCAUAGCCUUUAAUGAAGAGGCCGGGUCUCUGGAGGUAAUUCGAGAUGGCGCGCUGCUAGUUACCGACGAUCACAUCUCAGGGAUCUAUAAUACUGCACACCCCAGCAACUUACCAGAGAACACGGAGAUCGUUGACUGCACACACAAGAUUAUCUCCCCUGGUUUCGUCGAUACCCAUCGACAUGGUUGGCAGACUGCUAUAAAAACUCUGACGGCUAACACAACAUUGCCUGACUACAUGUUCCGAUAUGCAGCGGGCAAUGCUUCGGGUUAUUAUACAGCUGAAGAUGUGUAUAUCGGACAACUGGCAGGGCUCCUGGAGGCUCUCAAUGCCGGCGUGACGACUUCGCUUGAUCACGCUCACCAUAUCUGGUCUAAAGAAACAUCAGAAGCCGGUCUUAAAGCAUGUGACGAUAGCGGUGCCAGAGUUUACUGGAACUGUGCUUUCAGUGGCACGCCGACAUAUCCGUGCUCAGAGCAGAUUGCCGACUUCAAGAAAUUUGCAGAACCGAGGGCCUCAUCGAAUGGUUUAACAACCCUUGGCGUCGCCUACGAUGGAUGGUCUUUUUCCCCGCCUGAAGAUACUAAGGCGGUGGUUGCUUUGACUAAGGAGUUAAAUAUUCCAGUUUUAACCGCGCAUUACCUGGGUGGUCCAUGGACGGGUGAAAACAUACCCGAGCUUCUCCAGACCCUUGGGCUCCUAAACACGGACAUGGCCGUAGUCUUGUCGCACGCCAUGGGAAUUACGCCCACGGUAGCGGCUAUCCUUCGCUCAACCAACCAGUUCAUCUCGAUUACGCCUGAGUCGGAACUGCACUACGGGCAUGGGCAUCCAAACUCGCAUCAGAUCCAGGACCAGGCUUCUCUCGGAGUCGACACGUUCCACACCUUCUCGACGGAUCUGUUAACGCAGGCCCGGAUCUGGCUCCAGCGCACAAGAGCCAGGCUUUAUGACCAAGUCCUCGAGAGGUGGGAGAUCCCGAAGAACAACCCCAUGUCCGUUAACCAGGCAUUCCUCCUGGCGACCCGACAGGGCGGGCUGGCACUCAGACGGCCGGACCUGGGCGUGAUCCGUGUUGGCGCGAAGGCGGACCUGGUCGUUUUCGACGGCCGGACCCCGGGAAUGCUGGGGUGGCGCGACCCCGUCGCCGCAGUGAUCCUGCACGCGAAUGUUGGGGAUAUUCAACACGUGCUAGUGGAUGGCAAGUUCAGGAAGCGCGACGGGAAGCUGACUUUCGAGAAUUAUGACUCCGUCAUCGACCGCUUCCUCGCGAGCGCGGAGAGGGUGCAGAAAGCUGCCAUCGACCGCCCCGACCCUGUGAUCGAAGGCCGCUUCUGGGGUGGUUGCCCUUAUGGCCUUGCUGCGGAGGUCGAUGCGAGCCGAGGUUCCGGUACUGGGUAUGGCAAGCAGUUCCUUCACAAGGAUUAGGUGUAUCUAACAAGUGUUCUUCCUGAAAUCUACUCUAUGCGAAGUUAUCUGAUUAGAUUGACUUGCGUCGCUUAAUCGUGUUCAUGCGUACGCAUUGUAAGUUUACCUAGCAGUGUCAUUUCAAUGUUGUUACAACCCCAUGGGAAAAUCAUCGGGAUACUUCCGAUAUCAAUCAUAUUAAUUCGCGAUCUCAGCUCGGUAAGGGCACGUCCUCGGAUGGCGUGAGGGACAUACGGGAAGGUUUAUCGAUGAGAUUCGAGGCUAUAUUCGACGAGAUAUAUGCUGUCGUGAGCCUCCAUGACAGUCAUUUCGCUGUAAUUACAAUAUUCUCAUUACUUUUGGAGGACCUCUCUUACGGUCUGUUUCAUGCCCUAGAAGCCCGACUCGAAUUUCUUGUUUUCGCUCCCGGAGACCAGGAAUAGGUGGGCAUAGGUGGAACCUAAACCACAUGUCUAUAGAAAUUUCCCCGUCCGAGCGUAGGGUUCAGUCAGGGGAUAAUCUUUGGUUUGGGAUUUUUGAUGUAAUCUUCGAUUGGUCAGAUGAAUGUUCUAUGCCCUAGGUGAACCACUUCCGAUUCCGGUGUCAUACGAACCGCUGCUGAUAUUGAGGAGGUGAUCGACACGAACUAGGGAAUUGGGGGGAGUUAAGGUGAGGAAUAAAAUGUCCAAUUGGCC